AUGGCCGAUCGUUUAAUACCGGUACCGCUCAGUUCAGCGCCAACCGACCAGGCUAUUCGUGUGGUUAAAGCAUUUCAAGCUGGCUUAGAUCGUCGGGAGCCAUCAUUAACUGGGCCAAGUGCCGCACGUUUACGUGAAAUUAGUCGACAGCUGAAAUUGCAAGUAGAACAGGAAGGAAAAGGCAUUUCUUUACGAUCAGGUUCACGACCAUCAAAGCAGUUUGAAGCGUUGUCAUCCGUAUAA